AUAACUAAGAGGGACAGGUGGUGUGUGAUAAUACUAGUUACUACUUAGUGGAUCGAGAGAGAGAGAGAGGGUGAUGACAGUAGCUAAUUAUAGAAGAAAGACUGAUAUUUAGUUCGUAGGUCAUAGAUCAUAUAUAUAUAUAUGGAAGGAACAGUAUUUGAGUAGGAAUAGGAUAAAAGUGGAUUUCGAUUUGGAUUUGGAAGCACUUGGGUACUAAACAGCAUGCGUGUACUAAAGGCUUAUGAAAGAAUCCUAACUCUUUUAGGAGUGCGACUCUGAUUUGGAAAGUUAUAAAAAAAUAAAAAAAUAAUUCUCAAAUGGAAAUCCAAGAAAAUCCACCGACUUGACGAGUCCGUCGUCAACCGAAUCGCCGCCGGUGAGGUCAUCCAGCGGCCCGUCUCCGCCGUCAAAGAGCUCGUCAAGAACAGCCUCGAUGCCCACUCCACCUCCAUCAACGUCACCGUCAAGGACGGUGGCCUCAAACUCAUCCAAGUCUCUGACGACGGCCACGGAAUGCGAUAUGAGGAUUAACGGAUACUCUGCGAGAGGCAUACGACUUCCAAGUUGUCUACAUUUGAAGAUUUACAGUCGAUUAAGUCGAUGGGGUUCAGAGGAGAGGCGUUGGCCAGCAUGACCUAUGUUGGUCAUGUUACCGUCCCUACCAUUACCAAAGGCCAAUUGCAUGGUUAUAGGGUAUCAUACAGAGAUGGUGUGAUGGAGCAUGAACCAAAAGCAUGUGCUGCUGUAAAGGGAACUCAGAUAAUGAUUGAGAAUUUGUUUUAUAACAUGACUGCUCGGAGAAAAAUAUUUCAGAACUCUGCUGAUGAUUAUCCUAAAAUUGUAGAUAUCCUUAGCAGGUUUGCCAUUCAUCACAUAAAUGCUAGCUUCUCCUGUAGAAAGCAUGGAGCUGCUAGAGCAGAUGUUCACUCAGUCGCCAUGUCCUCAAGGCUUGGUGCGAUCAGAUCUGUUUAUGGGGUGUCAGUUGCUCGCAAUCUGAUGAAAAUAGAAGUUUGUGAUGAUGAUCCAUCUACUUCAGUAUUUGAAAUGGAUGGUUUCAUCUCCAAUUCUAAUUAUGCUGCGAAGAAGAUAACAAUGGUACUUUUUAUCAAUGGUAAGUCUUUUGAAUCAGGAAGUUAUUAUUGAAAAGAUACAGUCUGCCGUUGAAUCAAAAUUGAGAAACUCCAAUGAUGCAAGGACAUUUCAGGAACAGAGCCUUGAUCCCUCUCCAUCCAGUCUUGUGCCUACAACCAUUAGUCCACCUUCUGGUUCAAAAUUGCAAAAGGUUCCAGUGAAUAAGAUGGUACAGACUGAUUCACUAGAUCCUGCUGGAAGGUUACAUGCCUACUUGCAAGCUAAGGCUCCUGGUCAACUUGAAAGAAACUAUAGCUUGACCUCUGUGAGAUACGUUCUAUAUGUUCAUCCAUAUAACUUCAAUUACUCAGACAGACACUUCUAUACGCUGUUACAGAUAGGUGUGAAAAUUGCAUAAGCAUUGAUAGUUAGCAAACCAUGUGGAGCAAAAUGAGUCACUGUUUAGUCAGUAUUUCUCUAUGUGGAAUAUAAAUAAGGAUCGUUAUUAUUUUUACUCGUUAUUAUGUUUAUUUCGGGAUUAGACCUACUAAAAUCAAGGUAUCAACAAUGGAAUGCACAAAUCCAGUUUAACACAGAUGAG